GAUAUGAAAAUAAGCACGCAUGAGACCUAGUGUGUGAAAGAAAACCAGAAAGGUUAGACAGUUGGGAAAGCAACAAGCAUCUCUUCCUCAUUUCUCCUGCUGUCUUCUGAGCUCCUGCCAGCACCAUGAAGACGCUGAGUACCUUGGUCUUUUUCAGUCUUCUAAUGCUUUGGAUGGAGUUGCCAUAUGGAGCUGCACAAGAAACAGAAUAUCCUUCCAACUGCCCACCAGACCCUUAUGUAUGCAUUCGAGCAGAACCAAAUGAAUGCGAGAAAAACCGUGAUUGUAAAGAUAACAAGAUUUGCUGCCAAAAUACUUGUGCAAAACGCUGUGUGUAUCCAGUGAAAGGUUAAUUUCAAACUGAACCAGUAUGCAGAAGGAUAUCCUCAAAUGCAGGGAUGGCAUGGCAUGGAAUAUGGCUACAACCUCACAUACAACCUCAAUGCUCAUAAACCUGCUUGAAAAAAAAUCUGUGUAGUGCCUAUGGGUGGUUGGGGGACAAUAAAAAUAACACAAGUUUUACAUUUG